AUGCCGGUGGCGACUCCAAAACCCCCACCAGUUACCCCUUUCCGCCUAGACGACCUCGCAUUCGAGCUGCAAGAAAUCAUCCUCGACUUUGCGGCCGACCUCCCCGUCUCGUCCCUCUGUGCAGCAGUUCGCGUCUGUACCGACUGGCAUGCUCGAUUCGUUACCCCCCUCUACGCUUCUCUGUCAAUCAGCAAGGCUGACCGCGAACAAGUCUUGGCCGGCCUCGGAAUCGACUACCUCAGCCCAACGGCGCUCGAGGCGCGUGCCUCUGAAGCAGGAGGCGUUGCGGCCUAUGCCGCGGGAUCCAACCGCAAAGUGGCGGCACUGGCUCACGUCAAAUCUCUGAGCGUCUUGGAUUCUGCAGCAGCCACAAGCCUAGUCGAGGCACUGCUUAUGCACGGCGAGGUUUUGCAAGUCGAGGAACUACACUUGGGUUCUCAGCUGUUCCGAUACCUAGUGAACAGUGUAGCAUGUUUCGGGCGCCCGCGCAGUGGUAGCGCUUUUGUUGGUGAAGCUCUAGUGUCGCGCCUCCAUCCUCGCCGGCUACGUAUCGACUUUCCACCAUCCCGAGGGGCGGCGGGUACAUUUGAUCCGGUGCUUCUGGCGCGCGUUACAGCGGUUCUGGUGGGCGAUUGGAAGCCUGAUAUCGUAGACUAUCAUGGCGUCGGUUCCAACCUCCCGCUGGCGCUUGGUCCCCUCAACAGGAUACACUACACGAACGCGUGCACGCCUUUUGAUGACGUAUGGGAAGAAGAGGAGGACGUGGCUGGUGGUGGGUGUCGCGCUCACGCGCUCGUGCGCAUGCACCUCCGCCGCACGUUUGGGCAAAGCGCCCGUAGCGAUAUCCUUGAAGCUAUUGCCGAAGCUGCCGACCCGACCGACGACGACGACGUCGACCCAGACCUAGUGCCCGACCCUGCGACUACCAAGGUUGAGUACCAUGGUGUGCCAUGUAUUGCCGCGGCCGACCGAGAGGCUUUCCUCGACAAGACGUUUGCCCACUGGGCCACAGAUGUUGAUGUCGCGGAGCACGUAGCGUUCUUCCCGUAG